AUGCCCCAAAGAUGCGCAGUUGGAAUUUCACUUAACCUUCGUCGAUUUACUUCCUGUGACUUUCUUGGAUUUGUCUUAGAUACUAUUCUGGGAGUUACCAAUGAGGCGUUAAUUCAAGCACAAUAUCUUACUGGGAAUGCUGGAGGUGCUGUUACAAAACUUUUAUUAACAGGUGUUUCACUCGUUGAUGGAGUAUUGUAUUGUAUAUAUGAUUUUGUUAAUAGAGCUACAGGUGAAGCAUACAACAUCGGCAGUGAUACCCCCCCGACUCCUCCAUCAGCCGGAUAUUGGGCUUCAUUUUCUUUUACAGAACAAACUGUUACUUGGAUCACAACCACAGCAUUGAAGCCCAAAACAAUAUCGAUCGAUGCAUCCGCAUUUUCCCCUCUGUUUCCAGAGCCUGUAUCAUCUCUGGAUUUGACAUUAUCUGUUGCCACUGGAAAGUGUACAAUUCUAGAAACUGGGGCAAGCGUUAAUUUAGGCAUAGAUGUUCUAGGAGUGUGUCCCAUUUAUGGAAAAGUCCUGGCUGCAGCAGUGAACCUUGAUGUGGCUGUCUCCCUUUCAAUCAAUAAGGGCAUUGGACUUCAACUUGGUGCAGUAAGUAAUGUGAAAAUAUCUGUGACAUUUACAAGCGAUCAAUGUUCAUGCAGUGAUGCACUUCCACUUAUUGAAAACAUGAUUGAAUUAAAUGUGAAAACCUACCUUGGCCUUUCAGCAGGCUGUGACAUAGCGAACGUACUGCCUGAACCUACACCCUUUUCAACACCGCAAUUUUAUGGAAACAGACAUGACAGUUACAUACCAGAAGUUCACUAUUAUUCUGGCUAUUGCGGUGUGGAGUUUCCUACUUACUAAUGAGCUUAAUAUCAAGAAUCCUAUUCUGCCGCCUCUGUUGCCAUGGAAAUUACCUGAGGAAACUUAAUCAAAUUACUGCUGCAAGGCUUCAAUCCCAAAUGUACUGUCUGUGCAUUGUGUACCACAGCUAAUAAAUGAUCGCAUUGCAAA